AUGCGCCCCGGGACGGCGCCGAGGCCGCCGGCGCUGCUGCUGCAGGUCCUGCUGGUGCUGCUGGCGGCGGCGCCCGCGGCGGGCAAGGGCUGUGUCUGUAAAGACAAAGGACAGUGCUUCUGUGGUAGAGCCAAAGGAGAGAAGGGGGGGAAAGGCUUUCCUGGACCCCCUGGUUCUCCUGGCCAGAAAGGAUUCCCAGGUCCUGAAGGCCUUUUCGGACCACAGGGACCCAAGGGCUCUCCAGGACUUCCAGGACUCACUGGUCCCAAAGGUGUAAGGGGAAUAACUGGAUUGCCAGGAUUUUCAGGUCCUCCUGGACUUCCAGGCACCCCGGGCAAUACGGGGCCUGAUGGACCUGCUGGUUUUCCAGGAUGCAAUGGUUCUAAGGGUGAGCGAGGGUUUCCAGGACUUCCGGGGAUACCAGGCUACCCAGGGAUCCCGGGUGCUGCUGGUUUGAAAGGACAAAAGGGUGUUCCUGCUAAAGGAGAAGAUAUAGAAUUUAAUGGAAAAGGUGACCCUGGAUUGCCAGGAAUUCCAGGAUCCCAGGGUCUGCCAGGCCCUCCGGGUUUUCCUGGGCCUGUUGGCCCACCUGGCCCUCCAGGACUCUUUGGCUUUCCAGGAGCCAUGGGACCUAUAGGACCUAAGGGUCACAUGGGCGAUAAUGUGAUAGGACCGAAAGGAGAGCAGGGUGUGAAAGGAUUAACAGGACCCCCUGGACCACCAGGAACAGUUAUUGUGACACUUACUGGCCCAGACAACAGAACGGACCUCAAGGGGGAGAAGGGAGACAGGGGAGCCAUGGGUGAAUCUGGACCUCCGGGACCCCCAGGGCCACCUGGAGAGUCAUACAGAUCUGAAAAGGGUGCAUCUGGAGAGACUGGCCCACAGGGAAAACCUGGAAAAGAUGGUUCCCCUGGCUUCCCUGGCACUGAGGGAGCCAAGGGCAACAGGGGCUUCCCUGGGUUACCUGGAGAAGACGGCAUUAAGGGCUGGAAAGGGGACAUUGGCCCUCCAGGAUUUCGUGGUCCAACAGAAUAUUACGAUGCACACCCGGAAAAGGGAGAUGAAGGAAUUCCAGGCCCGCCAGGGCCCAAGGGAGCUCGCGGCCCACAGGGUCCUAGUGGUUCCCCUGGAGUUCCUGGAAGUCCUGGAUCAUCAAGGCCUGGCCUCAGAGGAAGCUCUGGAUGGCCAGGCUUGAAAGGAAGCAAAGGGGAACAAGGACCUCCAGGAAAGGAUGCAGUGGGGCCUCCUGGGUCCCCAGGUUGUCCUGGUCCACCAGGACCUACAGGGUUGCCAGGACCUCCAGGACCACCGGGUGAUGUUGUUUUUCGCAAGGGUCCACCUGGUGAUCGCGGACUGCCAGGCCAUUUAGGGUCUCCAGGAAUCCCAGGAGUUGAUGGGCCCAAAGGAGAACCGGGUCCCCUGUGCACACAGUGCCCUUGUACCCCAGGGCUCCCCGGUCUCCCAGGAUUGCCGGGGUUAGAUGGUGUAAGAGGAAUACCAGGAAGACAAGGCACAGCUGGCAUGAAAGGAAGCCCAGGGUCCCCAGGAAGUGAAGGUCCUCCAGGAUUUCCAGGAUUCCCAGGUGCUCAGGGUGUCCCGGGACUUAAAGGAGGAAAAGGUGAAACAUCUCAGCCUGAAGGGCAAGUGGGUGCCCCAGGGGAUCCGGGGCUCAGAGGGCAGCCCGGGAGAAAGGGCUUGGAUGGAAUUCCUGGAACUCCAGGAGUAAAAGGAUUACCAGGACCUAAAGGCAAACCGGCCCUGAGAGGUGAGAAGGGGGACCAGGGUCCUCCAGGGGAUCCUGGCUCCCCUGGGCCCCCAGGACCUGCAGGACCAGCCGGACCACCUGGCUAUGGACCCCAGGGAGAGCCUGGUCCAGAGGGCACCCAAGGAGCUCCUGGAGCCCCUGGACCACCUGGAGAAGCCGGGCCUAAGGGAGAAGCCAGUGUAACAAUACCAGUUCCAGGCCCCCCAGGACCUCCAGGGCCCCCUGGCCGUGCUGGCCCCCAAGGUCCACCUGGUAUCCCUGGACCCAUAGGAAAAUGUGGUGAUCCUGGUUUUACUGGGCCUGAUGGUGAACCAGGAAUUCCAGGAAUUGGAUUUCCUGGGCCUCCUGGACCUAAGGGAGACCAAGGUUUUCCGGGAACAAAAGGAUCACUGGGUUGUCCUGGAAAAAUGGGAGAGCCCGGGUUACCUGGAAAGCCAGGGCCCCCAGGAGCCAAGGGAGAACCAGCACUAGCCAUGCGUGGAGAACCAGGAACACCAGGUUUUCCAGGAGAAAGAGGCAAUUCUGGGGAAAGAGGAGAAAUUGGACUCCCUGGGCUUCCCGGUCUCCCUGGAAUUCCAGGAAAUGAAGGGUUUGAUGGACCACAAGGAGAUCCAGGGCAGCCUGGGCCACCUGGAGAAAAAGGACCCCCAGGAAAGUGCAUAGAGGGUCCCAGGGGAGCCCAAGGACUUCCAGGCUUAAAUGGAUUGAAAGGGCAGCAAGGCAGAAGAGGUGAAACAGGACCAAAAGGAGACCCAGGGAUUCCAGGUUUGGAUAGGUCAGGAUUUCCUGGAGCACCUGGACCACCAGGAAUGCCAGGACAUCAAGGUGAGAUGGGACCACCUGGUCAAAAAGGAUAUCCAGGAAAUCCAGGAUUUUUAGGGCCUCCAGGUGAAAAAGGAAUGUUUGGGAUGAUGGGCUAUCCUGGAAUGACUGGCCCUCCGGGGCCUCCUGGGAACCCAGGCACUCCAGGGCAGAGGGGUAGUCUUGGAAUUCCAGGAGUAAAGGGCAGGAGAGGACCCCCAGGAGCCAAAGGGGAACAGGGAGAUAAAGGAAACCCUGGGCCUUCUCAAAUAUCCCACCUAACAGGAGACAAAGGAGAGCCAGGGCUCCAAGGAUUUGCAGGAAAUCCAGGUGAGAAAGGAAACAGAGGUAUUCCAGGGUUACCGGGUCUAAAAGGCCUCAAAGGACCACCUGGACCACCAGGACCACCAGGCCCCAGAGGAGACACAGGCAUCACAGGGAAUGCUGGAGAACCAGGACCACGUGGUGUGCCAGGAAGCACGGGGAACAUGGGCAUGCCAGGUUCUAAAGGAAAAAGGGGAAUGUUGGGAUUCCCAGGGAUAGCUGGAAGACCAGGCCUCCCAGGUAUUCACGGUCUCCAAGGAGAUAAAGGAGAGCCAGGUUAUUCAGAAGGUACAAGGCCAGGACCAUCAGGACCACAGGGGGAUCCAGGAUUGCCAGGUGACAUGGGAAAGAAAGGAGAAAGGGGGCCACCCGGCCCACCUGGACAUUCAGGGCCGGCUGGAUCUGAGGGAGCCCCUGGAAGUCCCGGAAGUCCUGGCCACCCAGGAAAGCCGGGUCCUGAUGGUGAUUUGGGGUUUAAAGGAAUCAAAGGCUGCCUUGGCCCUCCAGGAAGAAAAGGCCCUCCAGGCCUUCCAGGAUUGCCAGGACCUCCUGGACCAAUGGGUGUGAGAGGUAACCAAGGGCAUGAUGGAAUUCCUGGUCCAGUUGGAGAAAAGGGAGACAUGGGUUUGCUGGGGGUACAUCCAGGCCCAAGAGGGAAUCCUGGUGCUCGAGGAGCUAAAGGAAACAGAGGAUCCCCAGGCUUGUCUGGCCUGCCUGGCAAGAAAGGGACAGUGGGAGACAUUGGGCCCCGAGGACCUACUGGCCUAACAGGACUCCCCGGGCCACCAGGCAUACCUGGUGCAAUCAUCCCUGGCCGAAAAGGAAAUCGAGGUCCACCAGGCCCGAGAGGAAACCCAGGUGAUCCUGGUCCCCCUGGGCCUCCAGGAAGUCAUGUAAAAGGCAUAAAAGGAGAUAAAGGAUUUAUGGGCCAGCCUGGCCCAAAAGGUCCACCUGGAACUGUAGGGGACAAAGGACCACCAGGUCAUGUGGGUGCACCAGGUACCCCAGGUCUUCCAGGGCUCAGAGGUGAUCCUGGAUUCUGUGGAUUUCCGGGGAUAAAAGGAGAGAAGGGUAAUCCAGGAUUUCAAGGAUCAAUUGGACCUCCAGGGCCAACUGGGCCAAAAGGGCCACCUGGUGUACGUGGAGACCCUGGCACAGUUAAGAUCAUCUCCCUUCCAGGAAGCCCAGGGCCACCAGGCCCACCUGGAGAACCAGGGAUGCAAGGAGACUCUGGGCCACUGGGGCCACCAGGAAACCUAGGACCCUGUGGGUCAAGAGGUAAACCUGGCAAGGAUGGAAACCCAGGAACUCCUGGGCCAGUUGGAGAAAAAGGCAACAAAGGUUCCAAAGGAGAGCAAGGACCACCUGGAUUAGAUGGAUUGCCAGGUUUAAAGGGAAAACCUGGAGACACUGGGUCACCUGCAACCAGGACAGCAAUGAGAGGCUUCGUCUUCACUCGACAUAGUCAAACAACAAUGAUUCCUUCAUGUCCAGAAGGGACAGAGCCACUCUACAGUGGGUUUUCUCUUCUUUUUAUACAAGGAAAUGAACGAGCCCAUGGACAAGACCUUGGAACUCUUGGCAGCUGCUUACAGAGAUUUACCACAAUGCCAUUCUUAUUCUGUGACAUCAAUGAUGUGUGUAAUUUUGCAUCUCGAAACGAUUAUUCAUACUGGCUGUCAACACCAGCUCUGAUGCCAAGGGACAUGGCUCCAGUUACCGGAAGGGCCCUUGAGCCUUACAUUAGCAGGUGCAUUGUCUGUGAAGGUCCUGCAAUUGCCAUAGCCAUUCACAGCCAGACCACGGACAUUCCUUCGUGUCCCCAUGGCUGGAUUUCUCUCUGGAAAGGAUUUUCUUUCAUCAUGUUCACAAGUGCAGGUUCUGAGGGCGCUGGGCAAGCACUGGCAUCCCCCGGCUCCUGCUUGGAAGAAUUUCGAGCCAGCCCAUUUAUAGAAUGUCAUGGAAGAGGAACAUGCAACUACUAUUCAAAUUCCUACAGUUUCUGGUUGGCUUCAUUAAAUCCGGAAAGAAUGUUCAGAAAACCUAUUCCAUCAACUGUAAAAGCUGGGGAGUUAGAAAAAAUAAUAAGUCGUUGUCAGGUGUGCAUGAAGAGAAGACGUUGA